GGGGCUGGUGCACUAUCGUGAACGUCUACCAUGUGGAUAAGGUAGGUGCAGUUGAAACAAGAUGUAGGGUUAGAAAUACAUGACUUCCGAAAAAGUAUCUAUGACCAUGUGAAGAUCUCAACUUGUAUAUAUGUAUACUGUCAAGUACUCGUGAAGUUAGACAUCGCACUUUCGUUCUCCUGACUUUCCAUCCAGCAUUCGUUCUUCAUUCCAAUCUAUUAAUCUUUUGCAAUACUUCCACGACUCCAAGCACUCCAUAGUAAUAGCGCGGGUCGCAUAAUUUUUUCAAGAUGGAUGUUAUAUUAUUCGGAGAUCAAACUGCAGACUGCCAGUCAUUCCUCAAGAAAGCACUUCGUCGCAAGAAUUGCCCUAUCCUCAGCACCUUUUUAGAACAGGCCCACGCCGCCCUUCAAGAUGAACUUUCAUCACUUCCAUCGACUGCCCGACAACAUGUUGCUGUUUUCUCAAGCGUUUCCGAGUUCACUGAGCGAUAUUUCGAGGCCGACCACCCGGAUUUGGCAGUCGAAAGCGCCAUUACUUGUUUGGCUCAAUUAACACAUUUUAUUGGAUUCUUCGAGGAGAACCCACUUGCAUACUUAGAGCCCUCUAAUACCGAAGUACUUGCAGUGUGCACUGGGUUGCUUGCCGCAUCCGCAGUUGCAUCAUCCAAAUCGCUCACAUCUCUUAUUCCCCUAGCUGUACAAGCAGUACGCAUUGCCUUCAGGCUGGGAUCAAGAGUUGCAGCAGUUGGAAACCAAUUGGAGACCGCGAGUGAUAGACAAAAGACUUGGUCAACAAUCGUAAUGGGCAUAAGCUCAGAGGCAGCAGAGCAUGCUUUGGCGGAGUUUAAUGAGUCAAGAGGACUCGUCCAAUCAACGAGAUUGUACAUCAGCGCCAUUGGUACGAGCUCGGUCACAAUCAGUGGAACACCUACCCUUCGAGCUCAGUUCUUCGAUAAUUGUGAGGCAUUCCAAAAUCUUCAACGACGCGAAAUCAGCAUUCGAGGGCCAUAUCAUGCUGCCCACCUUUAUAAUCCACAAGACAUCGAGAGAAUCUUGUCACCAUCAAUUGUGGAAAGCUUGAGCAAGUAUUCCUCAUUCUUGCCCCUUGUUGGAACCCCUGCACACAAGGAAAGUAUACCAACAGUCGACCUGUUCAGAAAUUCCAUUAUGGAAAUUUUGGCAGAGCAGGUGAAAUGGGACCGAUUGGUGAAACUGGCUGUUGCAGACGUUCGAGGGUCUGAACAAACCGAAGUCAGAGUUCUUGCCAUGGGACCAACCGCUCUCGGAAACAGUCUCGUCUCGGGGCUCAAGAAUGCCGGUAGCUUCAAGCUCUCGAUGGAAGACCACAUUUCUUACUCCAUGCAAAACACCAUUCCAAGAGGAAUGGUCGGUAGAAUGUCUGAGUCCAAGAUUGCCAUCGUAGGAAUGUCAGGUCGAUUUCCCAAUUCGGCUGACCAUGAAGCAUUCUGGGCACUCUUAGAGCAGGGUCUUGACGUCCACAGAGAAAUCCCUUCCAAUCGAUUCGACGCCAAACUACACUGUGACCCCUCAGGAAAAGGAAAGAACAAGACCCAUUCUCCAUUUGGUUGUUUCAUCGACGAGCCCGGAAAGUUCGAUCCUCGAUUCUUCAACAUGUCACCACGGGAAGCUAUGCAAACUGAUCCAAUGCAGCGUCUGGCUAUCUCCACUGCCUAUGAGGCGAUGGAAAUGUCUGGAUUCGUCAGAGAUAGAACUCCUUCCACCCAAGCACAUAGAAUUGGUACCUUCUAUGGUCAAACGUCCGAUGAUUGGCGUGAGAUUAACGCCGCUCAAGAUAUUGACACAUACUUUAUCACUGGUGGCGUUCGAGCUUUUGGACCUGGUAGAAUUAACUACCACUUCGGCUUCAGUGGUCCAUCAUACAGCGUGGAUACUGCCUGCUCGAGUAGUAUGGCGGCUAUAAAUCUUGCAGUCACCUCAUUACGUGCCGGUGACUGUGAUACUGUAUUCGCUGGUGGUAUGAAUGUCAUGACAAAUCCAGACAUUUUCUCUGGUUUGUCGAAGGGUCAAUUCUUGUCGAAGACUGGGUCUUGUAAGACCUAUGAUGACAGCGCUGAUGGUUACUGCCGUGGUGAUGGUGUUGUCACUCUUAUUUUGAAGCGACUUGACGAUGCAGUGGCCGAUCAAGACCCAAUUCUUGGUGUCAUUGCUGGUAUUGCAACAAACCACAGUGCGGAAGCCGUUUCCAUCACCCACCCUCAUGCAGGCGCCCAAAAGUUUUUGUUUCAGAAAGUUAUGGACGAAGCUAGAGUAGAUAUUCGAGACGUCAAAUACGUAGAGAUGCACGGAACAGGAACUCAAGCAGGGGAUGGCGUAGAGAUGGACAGUGUUUCUUCCAUUUUUGCACCAUCAAACAAUUUACGCCGUCGUCUUGAUCAACCACUGUUUGUAGGCUCAGUCAAGUCUAACGUCGGACAUGGAGAAGCUGUUUCAGGUGCAACUGCUUUGGUAAAAAUCAUGAUGAUGCUCAAGAAAAGUAUGAUCCCACCACAUUGCGGAAUCAAGACGAAAAUCAACCAGACAUUCCCCAAAGACUUGAAAGAUAGAAAUCUCAACAUGGCUUUCAAACCAACACCAUUCCCAAGACCUACAAAUGGGAAGCGAUAUGUCUUCAUGAACAACUUCAGUGCCGCAGGUGGUAACACCGCCACUUUGCUCGAGGAUGCACCAAUUAGACAGCUUGACGGUUAUGACCCAAGAACAUCACAGGUUGUCAUUGUGACAGCAAAAUCUCUUGCAUCAUUCAGAAACAAUGUUCAAAAGAUCCUCAACUGGUCAAGAGAUCAACCUAGCUCAUGCCUGCCAAGUCUUGCAUAUACCACAUCUGCUCGCCGUUACCACUACCAAUAUCGUAUCGCAGUUGAUGCCAAGGAUCUGCAAAGCGUUCAAAAUGCUUUAAGCGCCUACACAGAGGGUCCUCAUGCUCCAGUAUCGAAUGUUAAGCCAAGAGUUGCUUUUGUUUUCACUGGUCAAGGAUCGCACUAUCUUGGAAUGGCUAAGGCCUUCUUCCACGAUGUGGAGCAAUUCCGCAAUGAUAUCGAGGAUUUUGAUCAAAUGGCCCAAGCCCAGGGCUUCCCAUCUUUCAUUGGUCUCAUUGAUGGAAGCAUCACCGACCUUAGCGUUGCAUCCCCUGUCAUGACUCAAUUGGCCAUUCUUUGCGUAGAAAUAGCUGUUGCGGCACUUUGGCAAUCAUGGGGAAUCGAGCCAUCCGCCGUUGUUGGCCACUCCCUUGGAGAGUAUGCAGCUCUUCAGGUUGCUGGUGUGAUCUCCACACAUGACGCUAUCGCUUUAGUCGGUAAUCGUGCUCAGCUAUUGGUUUCAAAGUGCACUGCCGGUAGCCAUGGCAUGUUAGCAGUUCGGGCAGGCUUUGCUGCAGUCGAGCCUUACUUGUCAGAUAUCGAAUGUGAGAGAGCCUGCAUCAACGGCCCUGAGGAAACAGUGUUCUCGGGCACUGUUGAGAACAUGAACCGUCUUAAGGAGGUCUUGAGCUCACAAGGCUUCAAGAACACCAUGCUCAAUGUUCCGUACGCCUUCCACUCCGCCCAAGUCGAGCCCAUUUUAGACUCUUUCAUCCAAUCUGCGAAACCAGCUGUUUUCCAUCAGCCAAGAAUCCCAGUCAUGUCAACACUACUUGGAAACGUCGUAGAGGAUUCGGGUGUCUUCGGUCCAGAGUAUCUUGCUAGACAUUGCAGAGAAAGUGUUGAUUUCUUAGGUGGUGUCAGUUCUGCUUUGAACAGUGGAAUUAUUGAUGAAAAGACCUUGUUCGUUGAAAUUGGCCCACACCCAAUCUGCUCCAACAUGGUGAAAGCAAUCAUUGGCACUAGUGCGAUCACUGUGCCAUCUCUAAGCAGAAAUGCCGACGCAUGGACAACGACCGCCACUAGUUUGGCAACUCUUUUCAACUCUGGUCUCGACUUCAAUUGGAACGAGUAUCAUGCCAAUUUCAGGGGCGCCCAUGAGGUACUCGAUUUGCCUUCCUACUCUUACGACGAAAAGGUUUACUGGAUCGACUAUCGCGGAAACUGGUGUCUUACUAAAGGCGAUACGCAAAUGAUCACGGCUGCAGAAGUAAAACCAACCUUCUCGACAACUACUGUGCAAAAGAUCCUCUCCGAAGUUGUUGAUGAGGAUAACGUUAAUGUUAUUGCUGAGUCUGACCUUAUGGAACCAAAGCUACGAGCUGCCAUUUCUGGUCACUUGGUUCAUGGACAACCACUCUUCCCAUCAUCCAUUUAUGGUGAUAUGGCUCUGACUAUUUGCGAUUAUGCACUUAAGCUCGCUCAGCCAGAUGCUAAAUCUGUAGGUUUCAAUGUUGGAAGCAUGGAAACCCAUAAGCCAUUGGUUCUAGACAAGAACGCCAAAACUCACAUUCUUCAAAUUGAGACUAAGCUUGAUCUUACUCAUCGACGCGGAACCGUCAACUUCCGCACAUUCGGAGCAGAUGGAAAGCCAGUUGAACAAACCAAGUGUGAAGUGACUCUUGAGGAUUCAUCAUCAUGGUUGAAAGAUUGGGACCGUCGCAAGUUCCUUGUCCAAGGCCGAAUUGAUAAUUUGAUGAACCACAAAGAAGUUCACAAGGUUCAAAGAGGAAUGGCUUACAAAUUGUUUGGCGCCCUCGUCGACUACGCUCAACAAUAUCGCGGAAUGGAUGAAGUAUAUCUGUGGAGUGAACAAUGCGAGGCAACUGCCAAAGUGCAAUUCCAGACAUCAGAUAAUGAUGGCAAGUUCUUCAUGAGUCCAUACUGGAUCGACAGUGUGUGCCACAUUUCCGGAUUUAUCAUGAAUGCCAACGAUGCUGUUGAUUCCACCAAGCAUGUCUAUAUUUCGCACGGAUGGGAGUCGAUGAGAUUCGCCAAGACCAUGUCGGCCGACAAAGAGUACAGAUCUUACAUCAAGAUGCAGAAAGUACCAGGUGGUGGUGAGAUGGUUGCUGGUGAUGUAUACGUCUUUGAAGGGGAUGAAAUCAUCGCAGUUGUUGGUGGUAUUAAAUUCCAGCGCGUACCCCGCACCCUUCUUCAGACCCUACUUGCACCAAAAGCUAUUCCAGCUCGUGCUGGUGCCAAAGCAACUCCAGCUCCAACCAAAGCUAUUGCGUCCAAACCAUCAAAAGCCGUCUCCAAGCCUAAUCUCAAAGUUGUCAGCAAGCCAGUUUCAAAGGGUAUCUUCUCCAAAGCAUUGGCAAUCAUGGCCGAGGAAAUCGGUUGCGAUGUCGCUGAGUUGGCGGGCCCAAUGAGAUUCUCUGAUAUGGGCGUCGACUCCCUUCUUGGCUUGAGCAUUUCUGGCCGAUUCCGCGAGGAUCUUGAGAUUGACUUCCAGAGUAGUGUCUUUGAACAUGAGCCUACUGUAGACCAUCUCAAGGCUUACAUGACUAGAUUCGAAGAUGAUAAUAGUGCUGAAAGCUCUGGAAUGUCUACCCCGGAAAUGAUCCCCAGCGACUCGAGCGAAAGUGGGGAUGACGGGUUUGAUCUAGUUGAAAGUGACCCCGAAAGCUCUCCCGUCGAGGAUGCCAGCGAGCAUGCAGAGAUCAUUCAAAUCAUAAGAUCCACCAUUGCGGAGGAGAUGGGCGUUGAGAUGGAGGAGAUAACUGAUAACACAGACCUAGCUACCAUGGGAAUGGAUUCUCUCAUGAGUUUGAGCAUCUUGGGUGCGCUCAGAGAGAAGACUGGCCUGAAUCUGAGUUCCGAGUUGUUGGUCGAAAACACCAGCAUAGAAAAGAUUGAAACAACUUUGGGUCUAAGAGCAACCAAGCCAAAGGUCGUUGAGAUUAAGAAGACAACUAAGAUUACUAAGGUGGCUUCCGCAUCCGUACAACCAGCUGCUCCAACUCAAGUCGCCAGACCUAUCAACGUGUCUCAAUACCCUCCGUCAAAGUCUAUCCUUUUGCAAGGUAACCCAAAGACUGCAAACCGCACACUUUUCCUUCUUCCAGAUGGUUCCGGUGUCGCUUCUUCGUAUGCCCCACUUCCUCAAAUUGAUCAAGAUCUAGCUGUGUUCGGUCUCAACUGCCCUUUCAUGAAAGACCCCACAGACUUCAAUAUCGGUGUUCCAGCAGUCACUCAGAUCUACCUUGCCGAAAUUCAACGUCGUCAACCACACGGACCAUAUCUCCUUGGAGGUUGGUCUGCCGGAGGUGUACUUGCGUACGAAUGUACCCGCCAGUUGAUUGCAAAGGGUGAGAAGGUUGAGAAACUUGUCUUGAUCGAUUCACCAUUCCCUAUUGGACUCGAAGCCCUCCCAGCUUCCUUCCAUCAAUAUUGUGCCAAGGUUGGUCUUCUUGGUGAUGGCGGGCUGGAGACAUUGCCAAAAUGGCUCCUUCCCCAUUUCUUCUCCACCGUGCGCGAACUUACUUCCUACUCUGAUCACUUGGGAUCUCUACCAUCCAUCAACACUGUUAACAUGCCAAAAACCGUUGCCAUCUGGGCUCGUGAUGGUAUUGUCCACAAUGAAGAUGACAUUAAGCCAGAGUGGGAUCCCAAAGUGAGGAUGCCCAACUCCAUGGACUGGUUGACUCAUGAUCGUAAAGACCUCGGACACAAUGGAUGGGAGAAGUUAGUAGGAGAAGGAAACAUGAAGUGUUUGAGCACAGCUGGAAAUCAUUUCACGAUGAUGAGAGAUCCAAUCACAAACGACUUGGCCAAGCUUAUGAAGCAAGCUCUCAAAAUGUAAAAUCAACUUUUAUAUCAUGGCGCGAUUGCUUUUAGAUUUCAUGUUUUUCCUUAUAAUCAAUAGUAUUAUUUUGGGGUUUGGGUAUCGGCUGGAGGGUAGUUAAUUCCAUAAUCUUUCAUGAUGUAACGCGUUUGCACGUAUACGGCGUACUUUGUUUGGGGGGAUUCAAGCGAAUAAAUAAAUCGCUUGUGUUUUAGAAAAUUUCUUAUAGUAGUAACUUUAGAUAGUAUAGAAUCUCAUGUUUCAUGACAUACUUAUAUGUA